AUGCUGCUUCUGCCACUUCUAUUGCUAGCAGUUGUCGUCCCAGGUGGUGACAAUGAAGACGCCUUCCAGGGGCCAACCUCUUACCAUGUUAUCCAGAUUUCGACCUUUGCCAAUAGCACCUGGGCACAAAAUCAAGGCUCAGGCUGGUUGGAUGAUUUUCAGAUUCAUGGCUGGGAUAGUGACUGGGGCACUUUUGCCAUUUGCCUGAAGCCCUGGUCCAAGGGCAACUUCAGUGAUGCGGAGUUGAUUGAGCUGGAGGACCUAUUCCGAGCCUACUUCAUUGGAUUCACUCAGGAAGUGCAGGACUAUGCUAGUAAAUUCCAGAUUGAAUACCCCUUUGUGAUCCAGGGCAUAGUAGGCUGUGAGCUGCAUUCUGGGAAGUCCAUAAGAAGCUUCUUGAGGGGAGCUUUAGGAGGACUGAAUUUCAUGAAAAUAAAGAAUCAUUCAUGUGUGCCUGCACCAGUGGGCAGCAGCAAGGCGCAGUGGUUUUGCACACUCAUUACUCAGUACCUGAUCUGGGGUACCAUAGUGAUGCUCCUCUCAGAAACCUGCCCUCGAUAUCUCCUGGGUGUCCUCGAUGCAGGGAAGGUGGAACUGCAGAGGCAAGUGAAGCCUGAGGCCUGGCUGUCCAGUGACCCCAGUCCUGGGCCUGGCCGUCUGUUGCUGGUGUGCCAUGUCUCUGGAUUCUACCCAAAACCCGUGUGGGUGACGUGGAUGAGGGGCGAGCGGGAGCAGUCUGGCACUCGGCAAGGAGAUCUUGAUAUUUUUGGCAAUAUCAGUGCCCUCCUUGGUCCUUUUGUUAUGUCUUGCAUUAUGGUUUUUGAGGCACUGGUCAUAUCAGACUAUCUUGUGAGCCCUCACCAUGUCUCCUUUUCCAUUUGGAAUAAGUAUCCAGGAGCCCAGAAGCUCAAGCUGUCAGCCCAGGAGUCAAUUUCAUCAUCUUCCAUCAAAUAA